UGCGAGUGCUAAGAAGCCAGUUCAGGGCACAAGCCAAAGGCGCACACACCCACCAGAGAGCACGGCUGCAUUAUUCAACAGAUCCUCUUCCCAACGCUUCUCAGGGGUACGACACACACACACACAAAUACAGACACUCACACCAGCAGCUAAACUUCUAGAAAGGUCCGGCUGUACACUCAGUCUCAGUCCUUCCAGUAGGCUGCAGCUGAGAAGUUCUCACACAACCAAGCUCGUGACUCACCCCUCUGCCUGCAUCUCUUGCUGAGCCACCUCCAUCAUUACCAUGGAAACCCCGAGCCAGAAACGCACCAGCCGUGGUGCCACCACCCCGCUCUCCCCAGCCCGCAUCACCCGGCUGCAGGAGAAGGAGGACCUGAUGAACCUCAAUGACCGGCUGGCCAUCUACAUUGACAAGGUGCGCUCACUGGAGGUGGAGAACGCCGGGCUGCGGCUGCGCAUCACCGAGUCAGACACGGAGAUCAGCCGCGAGCUGUCAGGCAUGAAGGCAGCUUAUGAGACAGAGCUGGCCGACGCCCGCAAGACCCUGGACCAGGUGGCCAAGGAGCGGGCACGCCUGCAGCUGGAGCUCGGCAAGAUCAAGGAGGAGUACAAGGAGCUCAAGGCCAGGAACAGUAAGAAGGAGUCUGACCUGGAGGUGGCCCUGGCCCGCCUGAAGGACCUGGAGGCUCUCCUCAACUCUAAAGAUGCUUCUCUGACCACUGCCCUGGGGGAGAAACGCACCCUGGAGGCUGAGGUCAAAGACCUGAAGGCCCAACUGGCCAAGUUGGAGGCCAACCUAGCCGAUGCCAAGAGGCAGCUCCAGGAUGAGAUGCUGAGGAGGGUGGACGCUGAGAACCGCCUGCAGACCCUGAAGGAGGAGCUGGAGUUCCAGAAGAACAUCUACAACGAGGAGCUGCGUGAGUCCAAGCGCCGCCACGAGACUCGCAUGGUGGAGAUUGACAGCGGGCGGCAGUUGGAGUUUGAGAGCAAGCUGGCCGAGGCCCUGGCUGAGCUGAGAGCGCAGCACGAAAACCAGGUCCAAAUCUACAAGGACGAGAUCGAGAAGACCUACAACGCGAAGCUGGAGAACGCCCGUCAGUCCGCUGACAGGAACAGCCACUUGGUCGGUGCCGCCCACGAGGAGCUGCAGCAGACCCGGGUUCGACUGGAGAGCAUGUCGGCCCAGCUCAGCCAGCUGCAGAAACAGCUGGCGGCAAGGGAGGCCAAAGUGCGAGAGCUGGAGGAGGCUCUGGGGCGGGAGCGGGACCUGAUGCGGCGGCGGCUGGACGAUAAGGAGCGGGAGAUGUCUGAAAUGCGAACCAGGAUGCAGCAGCAGCUGGACGAGUACCAGGAGCUGCUGGACAUCAAGCUGGCCCUGGACAUGGAGAUCAGCGCUUACAGGAAGCUGCUGGAGGGAGAGGAGGAGAGGCUGCGUCUGUCCCCCAGCCCUCCGCCCACCAGGGUCACCGUCACCCGGACCUCCGGCUCGGGUCAGAGCCACACCAGCCGCCUCCUCCACUCCAGCACUGUUGCCUCCAGCAGCCGUAACUCCUCGGGCACCGCCAAGAAGCGCCGUCUGAACGAUAACGACAGCGAGACGUCCAGCAUGGCAGGAGGCACCGUGACCAAGACGCGCAUCGCCCAGCAGGCCUCGGCCAGUGGCCGCGUCACCGUGGAUGAGGUCGACCUGGAGGGCAAAUACGUCCGUCUGAGCAACAAGGCCGACGAGGACCAGCAGCUGGCCCACUGGCUGGUGAAGAGACAGGUCGGGAGCGGCAGCCCCAUCGUCUACAAAUUUCCUCCCAAGUUCACCCUGAAGGCCGGAGGCACCGUCACUAUCUGGGCCUCAGCCGGCGGUGGAAGCCACAACCCCCCCAGCGACCUGGUGUGGAAGACCCAGAGCUCCUGGGGCACCGGCGACCUCCUCCAGACCACCCUGAUCAGCGCCAACGGAGAGGAAAUGGCCAUGAGGAAGGUCACACGCACGCUGUUCCAGGAUGACGACGAUGAUGACAUGGGAGCUCACAGCACGAGCGGUGUAGAGAGCGAGUACAACCUGCGGAGCCGCACGGUGAUCUGUGACUCCUGCGGGCAGCCGUCGGAUCGCGGCUCGGGCUCAUGCGGCAGCGGGGGAGGUCUAUCAGAGGGCCUUGUGGGACACUCCUUCAUCAUGGGCACCAACCAGCCCAGACAGGGGCGCGCCAAACCGGAGAACUGCUCCAUCAUGUAAAACCAGACACCUCACCUGAAUCCACAACCUCCUGCACCCCACAUUGAAAACUUAUUUUCUACCAUUGGAAUGUCAUCCUUGGUGUUUUUUUUUUUUUUUUUGUCUUUACGUUUUAUAUGAUCUUGUCUUAUUUUGUAUUCAGAAUAAUCUGCAGGAUAGAUUUGCUUCGAGGUUUGGCAAAGGGCAUAGGAUUUCCUUGUUUUACUUUUGAGUUUGUAUAUUCAAGUUAUGCAAUUGCAUGUGUGCUGCGCUGCUGCUUGUCCUGUAUUCUGCUCUGCCCACAGGCACACACACACUCACACACUCACACACACACACACACACACACACACACAGCUCCAUUGACCAGCGCUUUCCGCCAUGAUCUGAGCUGGGGUUUCACAUCUAAUAGGCAGGCUGUCAACACUCAACACGCACAGCUAGUGAACCCUGUGAGGAGCAGGUCUGGGGGGAGGGGGGCGUUCAGGCCUGCUGCAGCCAGGGGGUCAGGGCCCUGGUACACCCACACACGAUACACACCCUCUUUCUGAAUCCUGCCUAAUUGAGGAGGAUUUAGCCCCGUCCCAACCUGGUGGAUUAGUGGGCAGGAAUUACAUGCAAUGCUUGUCUGUUUUUGUACAGCGGUGCAGAGGCGAUGCACACCAAAGGAAAAUUCAUACUGUGGGGGGUUUUUUCAUUGUGUCCAUUGAAUAUGGUCAUUAGAUAUAUCCAAUCUUUCCAUCAAGUGAUGAUGAAGUUUACAAUUGAUGUGUUAUUAUGAAACAAAAUAUAUUUUCCUCGAGUUUUGAGUUUUGGUACAGUAUUGCGCUGUUUUUUUUUUUUUUUUUGUAUUCUAUGGAGAUGGUAAAGUUUUUUUGCUGGAAAAAAAAAAGAAAUAAAAGUUGCAAAUAGAUCGCACAGGAAGGAAGCAGAAAUACUGUACGGUCAGGUUAAGGAAGCUCAGGGUGUUUAGUAGGUGUUUCCUUAUUUCAUCUAUCAUCACCUUUGCCUUAAAGAAACGCACGCCCUGCUGCAUUUUCUGUUCAGAUAUUAGUCGUAUCACAGGGCAGCUCUGGCUUAGACGAAGAAAAGAACGAUUUCAGAUGAAUAUUGAUUGUCAGUUGAAAGCCUGAUUUCGAAAAAAAAAAAAAAGGUUUUUGUGUAUUUUGAAAGUCUGUGGACAUAAGGGAUUGUUUGAUUCAUCACAGUGUCACGCUUGGUUAGAUGUACAUUAGAAGCUUUUUUUUAUGACGAUACCAAAGAUGUUUUUUUCUUGAUACCAGGAAGUAUAUUUUUUUCUACCUGUAUAUGGAAUAGCUAGCUCGUACUGUGGAGUUAUUACUGACUAUUUUUCAGCAUAGCAGAAGAUGGUGCCAUAUAUUUUUACAGGAUUUCUCAGCCUAUUUGACCGUUAUGUCAAUAUUAUCUUUAUAGAGCGCUGUCUGCAGCUGUUUGCAGUGUACAAUGGCUACUUUUUGUAACACUUUAAAGACACUCUUUAUUACAGAUUCACUGAACACACAAAUGUGCCUUUGUACAGUUUGUAGAGGACAGAAAGUAUGUACAUGUCGUGGCCCUGGUCGCACUCUCUGCUCACCCGCUUUGAGUUGCAGUCUCGUGACUGUCAGUCGUCCGCUGGUCACUCUCCCAAAGACUGGUCAUAAGGGCUUUUUUUUUUCUUUUUUCUUUUUUUUUUAAGCUUACUGGCUUUGCAAAUCCUCAGGCUUGCUUCUGGGACGUCAGCUGGGUUGUGGGACAUGUAUUCCUUGUGACUUUGGCUUAAUGUGCUGCAUUUAUUGAUGGCCUUGCCACUUAUGCACAGCAGGUAGAUUUGUACUGUAGUGUGGCAGCUUGAAUUGUUAAUUCUCCAAAGAAAAGCAUAUCGAAGCAUUUACGGAGAGUACUUGAUAGCUUUUUUUCUCCUUUUGUUUUGUUUUGUAUUGUACUUGUAUGCAACAUAUUACUGCAACAUUUGAUUAUUUUUUCCUUUUUUUUUUUUUUUUUUUUUUACUGUUAUAGCAGUGAAACUGAUGAAAAUGCCUUGAGUAGAUGUCUGAUUAUGACAUUAAGAACCCCCAGGUGCCUUAAGGAAGUCCACAUUUCGAUGCUCAUUAUAGACAGUAAUGAACAAUAUGUGACGAGAAAUAGCCAGCUGCAAAGAGAUUUAGUAUAAUUACAGAAGAUAUGAUUCCAUAAUUGCAUGGUUACCGUCUGUAGGUUUACAUUAAUCAGACGAUUACUGUAUGUUCACAUAUCAUAACCAAACCAUCAGCAGUGACUUAAACGGUGCAGUCAGGGUUUCCAAAGGCCUGUCUUACUGAUAACAAACAGUCUAUAAAGACGAUUUAAAAGUAUUUUUUUUAUAGUUUGGUGAAGAAAUUAACAGUGGCCCUUUGUUAACAUCUGCCUGUAGUUCAAGAAAAAAAAAAACACUACACAUUUCUAUCACAGUCCCUCUCAGCCUGCACUUGAGCUCAAAAAGCUGGAGGAAUAAAUACUGGACAUUCAGAAAGACCCGCAGUGGAACGGUUCAGCUCCCCUGUGUCAUCCACUAGCAUUGUUAGUAAAUGCUUACAGAUGCCUGAUGCCACAAAUAAACCUCUUUGAAAGGCCUUUAUGAAAUCCCAAAUCUGCCCUUUUUAAGUCUCGAUGUGCACUACAUGAAUCAUUUGUAGUACUUGAGGCUUUAAAAUGUCACUGAAAGGGAUUUAAUGUUAGCCUUCAUCGCCAAGGUUAUAAUUUGCAGUGGAAUGUGUCGUAUCUGUCGUAACAAUGCUAUCGCCAUUGUGGAGAAGCCAUGCAAUCAGUCGUUGAAUGUCUGUUAAUGCCUUUUCUCUUUUCUAAAAUAAGCCAAAAAAAAAAAAAAAAAGUAAAAUAUUUUUUUUUC